UCGGGAGGAAGAACGGUCGCCGUUGUUUGUGCAGGUUAUGCGGUCGUUCUCUAUGUGGGGGUGCUCGUGAGGCGAAGGAACACUUUUUUCGUGGCGAGGGGUAUAGAUGCCAAGUAGCCACUCCGGCGGUGUGGCAUCGAUUUGGUCAAAGGAUAUGUCCAAGUGUCCUGCACAUUUGGCUUCUGCCGUGCAGGCCUUGCAGAGUCUCCCUCUAGGUCAUCCCUCUUUUCAAUGGCCACCUCUUCGUUUUUCCGAUGACGUCGUUCCGCCGCCCCCGUCGACCGCUGCCGCCUCGCAAGUGGCGCCAUCUCCAUGUGCACCACUUGCUCCCCUCCCCCCUCGUCCGCUUCGUCAGACGAUUCCCGCAUCCGUUGAUGGCAGACCAUCUGUAGCAACGCAGCCUAAUGCGCAAGGCACCGUGCCAGUUUCAGGUGUCGGGGAACCUGUGUCGUUCGACGAGCAAGGCACUCGUGCUUUCGUCGAGGGCAGUGGGUGGGGGAAGGACGCUGGCACAUCAUCAGGCCUCGCCCCGUUGUUCACUGGCAACAGGGAUAAGGUCCCAAGAGUUCGACGCACAGACACACGUCCGGCCGUGGCAGGAGCACCCGCAAUAGGACAUCAAUCCGCUGCGUAUCUAUGGUUGUCUCCCCGUCCUUCGCAAACACGACGGCCUACACCAGACUUGACUUCGGCACCUGUUGGCGAGGCCGCUGCAACGGCCACUGAGGGUGCGGGAAACGUCCAGCUCGACGAGCCCAUCCAGGUUUCGGAUUCGUCACCCACUCCUGUGCCCGUGAACGGCCCGACCUCGCAGCACGGUGUUUUUGGGACACUGAAUCCUUUACAGAAUCUGCGCAACAUUGCAGCUCCGAGUCCAGGCCCCACCGCAUCAUCUGCGGCCGGGGGCGGGGUGUGGGAUUCGCUAGGUAUGGGCGCCGGUGCACGAGUGAGGGGCACUUACAGGCAGCAGGCGGUGACCUCGUAUUACAACGACCCGCUGGAGCACGCAUGGCACCUGCAGAUCAUGCGAUUCAUUGUCGAGAGCGGCAUGCCGUUCAACUGUGUGAAGCUUGAGAGCUUCAAACGCAUGUUGACGUUGAUUAUCCCGCAUGGGGCUCCAGGAGUCCCCACCCCAAAACCCCCAACGUAUCACAUGAUCCGUACCACACUUUUGGAUGAGCUUGAUGUGGAAUUUCGAGACCACACGAUGCCAGAUGACGAGGAGAUGCAGCACGGUUUGAAACUCGCUCUGAUUCAGUUUGGGUACCCUGAACAUUCGGAUCAGCACACCGAGGUCCUCACUGCCAUUGACAAGUUCCAUUCCAGGGAGCCGCCGUUCGACGAUGUGGCCAUGGACCGGGCGGCGAGGAGCCAUACCCAUCAAGCUUGUUUCUGGGAGUCGAAGGAGAAGAGGUUUCCGCACACUGCCUUCUUCGCUGGCAGGAUACUGCGUGCGUGGGCGACUGCGUCGCCUUGCGAGAGAGCUUGGUCCCGUUGGAGUUUCAUCCACUCCAAAUCUCGUAACAGAUUGGAGGUGGCGCGGGCCGAGAAGCUCGUGCGAUGCCAUUGGAACCUUCGVCUCCUCGACAGGCAGGCUAUGUCGGACGAUGCUCCCAGUGACAGGCCACAUCCGUAUGGGAGCUGGGUGCACUACUGGCAGCAGGUGGAGGAGGAGGUGCCCACCGACCAGCAGCUUGUGGCAGACCAAGGAGCCCGUGUGACGGUCACGAAGGAGGAGUUGACGCAGGCGAGAGAGAGGAUGCGCGUCGUGUCCCGCAUGGGAGCCACUCGUCGCUUGCGGGAGUCUGACAGAAGGAGGUGUCGUGGCGGCGGUCGCGGAGGUGGUUGUCAGGGCGGUCGCGGGCGAAGCGGGCGUGGAGGUCCUGGCGGGAGGCGUAGUGUAGCGAGUCGUGGAAGGGCAGUGGACGAGCUAGAUGGCGACAGCGAUUUCGACGACCGUCACCCGAACGUGGGCGACGACGAUGGCGCCCGUGGCGAUGAUCACGGUGACGGAGGAGAUAGGCCACGACCUGCACAUGGUGACACGAUGCGCGCCGACGGGGCAGGGGGCGAGCACCGCACAGCUGUAGAUGACGCUCGAGAUGGAGUGCAUGAUGAUGGUUCACGACCUGUCUCGGGCGGUGAYUUGAGGCGCUUGAAACGCGGACCAAGGGAAAAAGACACUAUCGCUUCACGUGUGCGCAAACGUCAUGGUGGGGUUGCUAGCAUUCCACUAUCACGAGUCCCCGCAACUGGGCAKAUUCCAGUUUCUGAKGACUCUUUMAGCGAUCACGGCGGCGAGGAGCGGAUCGAGCUGCAUGGCGGGAGCGGUCAUCCACGAGUGGCGGAGCAAGAAAGUAUGCUCCCACCUCGCAGUGUUCAACCGCGGCCACCGCCUGCAUUGAUGGAGGGGAGUCAGGGGACCGUUGUUGUGUGUCAAGGCGACGAUCUCCCGGAACGUGAUAUCUCACACACUCCUGCAGCCGAGCAGAGCGCCACAGACCAUGUCGGCCUCGCAUGCCCCACCGGCAGUCUUCCGAGUACCGGCGAGUUACUGACCAUGGACUCUGCGCUCGUUUCUCUACCGUACUUGUCGACAUUGAUAUCCCCAGGUCUACCCCAUGUGUCACCGCCCAAGCCACAACAGCCUGUUGUCAUCGAGCGUGGAUCGGACGGGUUUUACGUGGCAGGAGGCGAUAUCGCCGAUAUGAUUACGAACCCAAUGGUGUCUGCCACGCCCACAAUUUUUCGUGUUGGCAAACUACGCGAGGUGGCCCUUGGUUUGGCGGAGACGGCGACGCGACACCGCCGCGCCGGUCAGCGCAGUAUCUCACAACGUAGUCUUUCUCAUUCGUUUGACGGCGCAGGGGAAGGGUCUCCUGGUGGGCCAGUUGACACACUCGAAAGAGAAGCAAGACCCCCAACUCCGCCGUCAAACUUAGAGCAUCAUCCGAUUGCCGCAGCUGUCGGCGCAGAUGCGGGCGUCCCCGUCACAAACAGUGGCGCAGACGCGACAGAACAGCUUGUGGUUGGGUCAUCGGCGACAGCACGGCGCGACAGAGCCACUGUUUUGCCGACAGUGGCAUUUUAUGCCAGCGGGAAGAGUACUGGGGGGAUGGAUGAGCAGGGAGUCCGGAAUGUUGGUAGGCCAUCUGCACCGUCUAUGGGGAAACGAUCCAUUGGGAGUGUGGAUGGUGCUCGGCACACCGCCAUGGCCGAGUUUGAGGACCGACACGGGAGUGCUUUGCCGACGAAGACGUCUGAUGUCCAUGCUACGAGAGCCGCAAAGGCUAGUCUUUCUCGGGCAAGGAAGAAGGCCUCGGCAAGGAAGGCGUCACGUUCAUCCUCACAUAUGCGUUCCCGAGAGAGAGGAUCGGGCGUUGUGUAUCUCGAGGACGGAGAGAUUGCACCUGACGGCGACGCAUUGGAUGUUGGAGGGAGGGAUGCAACGACGGCGGAUAUCGUCGGCAGGGAGGGCACAGGGAAUGCAGUGGCAGGUCAGAAGAGACGCGGCAGUGUACUUAUCGUCCACGACGACAGCACAGAUGUCGCCCCGGGAGAGACCACAGGCACUGAUGAUGCAGGGGACUCGGAUUACGUACCCAAACCACGGGCGGCAGAUGGAGAUGAUGGAGGAGGGCGACGAGUGAGACCGAGGACACGACUCGGGCMGCAAGGGCAGCGAGCACAGGGCACACCAUCGGCGAUGAUUCCUGCCCCCAUAGAUCGGCGAGCUCAGGCGCAGCGGUUGCUGCGCAAAAUGGAGGCCACUCUUCAACAGACGCACGGGUUAUCGCUUGGCCGCGAAGAGACGAAGACUCAGAGACAAGGAGAGAGGGAGGGAGAGAGAGAGAGAGAGACAUAGAGAGAGAGAGAGAGAGAAAGAGAGAGAGAGAGAGAGAGAGAGAGAGAGAGAGAGAGAGAGAGAGAGAGAUUUA